GGAGGACGGACGGACAGGGCCAGUUUGCUGUCCGCCCGCCGCCCACUGUGGUGGGAAGGAGUUCCUGCGCGCCCACGGCCACCAUUGCCCCACCUGGGCGGCCGGAGCCUCCCCACCCCAGCCCGUGCCCGCCGUGCACCCUCAUCCGGUGUGAGAGCUCUCCUUCCGCUCUGCGGACGCCGCGGGCAUGGACUAUUCGUACGACGAGGACCUGGACGAGCUAUGCCCGGUGUGCGGGGACAAGGUGUCGGGCUACCACUACGGGCUGCUCACGUGCGAGAGCUGCAAGGGUUUCUUCAAGCGCACCGUGCAGAACAACAAGCACUACACGUGCACCGAGAGCCAGAGCUGCAAGAUCGACAAGACGCAGCGCAAGCGCUGUCCUUUCUGCCGCUUCCAGAAGUGCCUGACGGUUGGGAUGCGCCUGGAAGCCGUGCGUGCUGACCGCAUGCGGGGCGGCCGGAAUAAAUUUGGGCCCAUGUACAAGCGGGACCGGGCACUGAAGCAGCAGAAGAAGGCACAGAUUCGGGCCAACAGCUUCAAGCUGGAGACAGGGCCCCCAAUGGGGGUGCCUCCUCCUCCCCCUCCCCCUCCGGACUACAUGCUGCCCCCCAACCUGCAUUCACCUGAGCCCAAGGGCCUGGCAUCUGGCCCACCUACGGGGCCACUGGGUGACUUUGGAGCCCCAGCAUUGCCUAUGGCCGUGCCUGGCACCCACGGGCCACUGGCUGGUUACCUCUACCCUUCCUUCCCCGGCCGGGCCAUCAAGUCUGAGUACCCGGAACCCUAUGCUAGCCCCCCGCAGCCUGGGCCACCCUAUGGCUACCCAGAGCCCUUCUCCAGCGGCCCGAGCAUGCCUGAGCUCAUCCUGCAGCUGCUGCAGCUGGAGCCUGAUGAGGACCAAGUGCGGGCCCGCAUCGUGGGCUGCCUGCAGGAGCCGGCCAAGGGCCGCCCCGACCAGCCGGCGCCCUUCAGCCUGCUGUGCAGGAUGGCAGACCAGACAUUCAUCUCCAUCGUGGACUGGGCACGCCGCUGCAUGGUGUUCAAGGAGCUGGAGGUGGCUGACCAGAUGACCUUGCUACAGAACUGCUGGAGUGAGCUGCUGGUGUUUGACCAUAUCUACCGCCAGGUCCAGUACGGCAAGGAGGGCAGCAUCCUGCUGGUCACCGGGCAGGAGGUGGAGCUGAGUGUGGUGGCUGCCCAGGCGGGCUCGCUGCUGCACAGCCUGGUGCUGCGGGCGCAGGAGCUAGUGCUGCAGCUGCACGCACUGCAGCUGGACCGCCAGGAGUUCGUCUGCCUCAAGUUCCUUAUCCUCCUCAGCCUUGAUGUGAAAUUCCUGAACAACCACAGCCUGGUGAAGGACGCUCAGGAGAAGGCAAACGCAGCCCUGCUGGACUACACGCUGUGCCACUACCCGCACUGUGGGGACAAGUUCCAGCAGCUGCUGCUGUGCCUGGUGGAGGUGCGGGCCCUGAGCGUGCAGGCCAAGGAGUACCUGUACCACAAGCACCUAGGCAACGAGAUGCCGUGCAACAACCUGCUCAUUGAGAUGCUGCAGGCCAAGCAGACCUGAGCC